AUGGGGCGAAUCUUGCUUUGCGCGGCUUUGCUGGUGGUGGCUCAUGCAGAGCCUGCAGAGGUUCUGGUGGACAGAAGCUUUUGGCCCACGACAAUGAUGUACUGGCGCUGGAUGUUUAAUCCCAAUGGUGAGCAGCCUGAGAAGCAUGUCCUGCCAGCCAAAGAUCGUCAACCAAUGAAGGUCAUUGGCGCGGGCUUUGGGCGUACAGGCACCUCUUCCAUGGUGCAAGCCCUGCACACCCUGGGCUAUAGAUCGUACCACUGGAUGGAAGGGAUGAUAGAGCACGAUCAUGUCGCCCUGUGGGCGAGAUGGAUUGAGGCAGUGCAUGCUGGCAACAAGACAGCCGAGAAAGAGGCCUUCGACAGAGUUGCUGAGUAUAUGGCAAAGUCGGGCUUCAACGCGACCAUGGACUACCCCACAUGCUUGGCUUUCGAGUCCUUUAUGGAGAAGUACCCUGAUUCCAAGGUGAUAUUGACGGUUCGUACUUCAGGAAUGGCUUGGGCGAACUCGAUCAUGAACGGCGUCAUUGAUCUGACAAAAGGAGCGCAGACGAAGUACGCUGGUCUCUCCCAAAAUUUACGAGACCUCAGGAGCAUCAUUUUCAAGCAAUGGCAGAUCAUGGGCCUCCAUGUGGAUGUAGACACGCCGAUCCCUGUGGCAGAGGACCUCGUUCCAAUAUAUGACAAGUGGCUGGAGCGCGUUAAAAACACCGUGCCGGCAGACAGGCUGCUCAUUCACCAGGCCAAGGAUGGCUAUGAGCCGCUCUGCAAAUUCCUGGAGAUUCCGCCAGAGAAGUGCCCGAAGGAGCCCUAUCCUAAAAUCAACUCGAGCGACAGCCUCACCAAGCACAAGCUCGCGCUCAAAGUCUGGAUGCCGCUCAGUCCAGAGCCUUUUGGCCUUUUGGUGCUUUCACCACCUCAGCCACGGAGGGCCAUGAAAGCGGUGCAUUUGUUUGGCUCAAGGCGCCGCGGCACCAUCCUUCCACAGGAGAGCGGCCGGCCCGGCCGGAAGAAGCAGCCCAGCGAAUCGCUGCAGCGGCGCGCCUCACGGACCCACCAGCUGACCGACCCCUCAGAUAAUCGGGCGACGGAGGUCUUCGUCUACCGCCAGCAGCUUCGGCAGGUUGGCGGUCUCACGCUUCCCAGGCCCGAGUCUCGCAGCUCGGAGGGGCCCAAGAGCUCGCACAGCAUCAAGGACUUGGAUGGCGUGGAUGUGGACAUAGGCUUUGUCCAGAGAGAGAAGCUGCGGGUGCCCGAGCCGCAGCCUCCUGAUCCACUGGGGCCGGUUCCGAUGUUGCCGGAGGCUAUCUUGUCCCAGCGCUGGGCCAGCUCGGCGAACAGCCUUGCGAUGUCCGGCCAGCCGCUGCGGCAGGAGACCAGUGAGAGCUUUGCUUUGAGCUGGCGGGAGCGCACUCCUCCAAGCCACUCCAGAGGCACACCGACACCGCCUCAUAGCGCCAGAGGUAGCCGCCAGAGGGACCUCACGGUGAACAGCCUGGCCAGUGCCACCGCCAUGAUUUUCAACCAGCCGGCAGAUGCUUCUCCAGACACCAUCCCACUGCCGUCGCGUUCGCCCUCAGUAACCUCAGUGGCCUCGGCCUCGGGCGCCCGCCGGCCGCGGCGGCGGCUCAGGCAGCACGCUGGCACCGUGAACAGUCUUGCCAGCGCCGACGCACCUUCCAUCGGACAGGGCGUGGCGGUGCCCAGGACAAUGCAUCUCACUUCACCGCCGCCGGUGUCGCCUGAGCACAGCGAUACCCUGCUGAGUUCGGAUUGGCAGAGCCUGGAGAUCGACGCCGCCUCGGAUCUGCUAUUUGAGCUUGGCUCGGUCAGCGCCAGCAUCGACGCGUCGCCCCCCGACGCCAUGUCGCCGCGCCGGCGUCACAUGAAACCUCCCUCGCAGACUGUGAUGAGCUUAGGCAGCAUCAUGGAGUCCGUGGAGGAGUCCCUCGAGAGCCUGGCGCGGAGUACGCCCAGCCAGAAGGAGUCGGAGUCAGGCAGCGUGCAGCCGCGGCGAAAGAUGCGUAGCGCGGCGCCGUUGUUCGAGGUGGACUUUACAAAGGACUUGGCCGUGCAUGCUGACUUGCUUUUAAGGAAGCACCGACCGCUUGACGUGGAGAUGCUCAAGAGCUUCGAGUGA